UCUCCUUCAUACUCUCUCUCUCUCUCUCUCUCUCUGUGAAUUCUUUUGUUACCAACUCAUCACCGACACGAACUUAGUCUUCUUGUCUGGAUUUUUAUCAUUUCCUUCUCACCUUUUGUUCGUUGUGCUCUAUAUAUUGAAACUCAGAAUGGUGGUAGCGUCGCCAAAACCACUUAGUAGCGAAAAACUUCGGGACGUAGAGCUUCCUAUAAUCGACUUUUCGGCAGAAAGAUCAGAGGUCUCAAAGCUCAUCGUUAAGGCCUGCGAAGAUUAUGGUUUCUUUAAGGUUAUAAACCAUGGCGUUCCCGAGGACAUUAUAGCGAACCUGGAACACGAGGGACUUAGCUUUUUUGCCCUACCGGAUUCUGAAAAACAGCGGGCGGGGCCGGCUAAUCCAUUAGGCUAUGGCUGCAAGAACAUAGGCUUACACGGAGACAAGGGAGAGGUUGAAUAUCUUACACUGCAUACGAAUCCUCUCUCGCUCGCUGAAACAUCCAGAACCAUCUCCAAUAACCCAUCGAAAUUCAGCUCUGCCGCGAGUGGGUACAUUGAAGCAGUUCGGGGGCUGGCAUGUGAGCUUUUGAAUCUGAUGGCAGAAGGCCUGUUGGUCCCAGACACCUCAGUCUUCAGCAGGCUGAUCAGGGACGUUGAUAGCGACUCUAUACUUAGGCUCAAUCACUAUCCACCUCUACAACUGGAUUGGGACACCUCACCCUCCUCCUAUGAUCGAAUUAAGGUGGGAUUUGGAGAGCAUUCAGACCCUCAGAUCUUGACACUCCUUAGAUCCAACGAUGUGAGUGGUCUCCAAAUUUCUAUAGAGGAUGGCGUUUGGAUCCCUGUCCCUCCUGACCCCACUGCCUUCUGUGCUAAUGUGGGUGACAUGUUACAGGCAAUGACAAAUGGAAGAUUUGUGAGCGUGCGACACAGAGCACUAACAAACUCAUACAAAUCGAGAAUAUCAAUGGCCUACUUUGGGGGUCCACCCCUCCAAGCAUGGAUAACUGCACCUCCUGAAAUGCUCGCCUCCAACGCCAACAGGCUCUCUCUCUACAGGCCAUUCACUUGGGCUGAAUACAAGAAAGCAGUUUACUCUCUACGCCUCGGGGAUAGACGUCUUGACCUUUUCAGAACAUGCUCAGAUGCUGCUGCUCCUGGACUUGCUUCCUGAAUGCAGUCCUUGCUUUGGAAAUUGGAAUAAUGAACGGGGGUUCUUUUGGGUUUUCAUUUUUUCUUUUUAUGUGCAGGGACAUGAGGGAACAGAGGGGGUUUAGAGAGUGUAUACAAGCUUUCCCAUAGUUUUUGCGUAGAGCUGGAUAUUAGAAAUUUUGAA